GUUCAACAUCGUACUAAAUCACUAGUAGAGGAAGAAAAUGUUGGAGGCCCAGAGUUUGAGAAAAGUAGUCAUCCCUCCCACACUCCUUCAGAACCCAUCCCCUGCCAAUCUCCAGUCUACUCGCCUCGCAAUCCAUGUCAAGGGAGACAGCUCCUCUUGUUGGGUUUACAUUGCUUCCGGUUCCCGCGUUUAUAAAGUUGAGGUAUCUAUGGAGGAUUUUUCAGUUACCAGGGGAAAGGAGAGCCUCCUGAUUCCUGUGCAUGCACAGAUCAUGCAUUCGUCAGUAGUUAACUGCUGUCCACAUCGCUCUGAAAUUCAAAGUAUGGUGCUUGCUGAAACAGAGUGUCAUGACUACUUUAAGUUGGGGACAGUUGAUUCUAAUGGUCAGCUUAUUGUAUCUCAACUAGAUACAAGUGGCCAAGAUGUUGACAGGCUUUCAUAUUCAGUAUUGCCACGGGAUUGUGGUGUAGGUGAGGGUAGUUGGGCUGGUCUCUGCUUCAGUCCGAGUCAGCGGUCCAUGGUAGCUGUGGCUCGUAGCUUUUGUAAAAGUGUUGAUAUUUACGACCAAGAUAUUCAUCUCCGAAGUUUAUGUCCCCUGUGGUAUCCAUCUUCAUUAAGCUUCUUACAAAGUUCAUUUUCUGGGGAUGUGAGUUCUGUAUUAGCUGUUGCUGAGGGCUGCCAGCUGACAAUAUGGGACUUGAGAGUUAAAGAGAAUGGUGGUUGUGUACAACGAAUCUGCGGUUCUCUUGGAGAUAUCUUCUAUGCCAUUUGCAGUUCUUCAGAUGGGUUAAUUGCAGUAGGUGGAGCUGAUCGUUCAGUAACCAUCUAUGACCCUCGCAGAUGGUCUCCUUUGUCAAGGUGGAAUAACUGCUCAAAAUAUGAGAUAACAGGACUUACCUUCUCAUCACAUGACUCAGGUCAUAUCUACAUACAAGGUGUUGACCAUGAGGUCUUUUGUGGAAACUGGAAAGAAAACAAGAAGGUGUUUUCAUUUAGAGGGGACUCCAACUGGCUAGGAUUUAGCAAGUGCAACAACAGGGACGUUCUUGGAGGAUGGUGCGAUUCUGGUAGCAUCUUUGUGGCCAAUAUUUUUGCAAAGGAGCAUGAAGUCAACAUGCUUGAAUGAGGUUCCCCUAACUAAUGCUUAGCUGUUUCCAUAACUCCUUAGUUGCUUUCACUUAUUGACAGAUGCCUAUGUGUGCUGAAGAAAUCAUUUAGAUUUGUAAAGUUCUCACUAGUGAUGCUAAUUAUUUGCCUAUGCAUUGUUGUUGAAUCAAUGAAUCAACAGUUCAACACUUCCAAAAGUCAAACUGACCAUGAGUUCAAAAUGUAUUUCCUUACAAGACAUCGAACUCAGAAUGGUAGCAAAGCUUUGUUGAUGGGCUUGUUUUCUGCCGUCUGGCAGUUUAGUUGAUGCUCCAAUUUGGUGGAGACUCCCGUGCCAUAUCCUACAAGUGGAAAUUCAUUUCAGCAGUACUUUGAUAAAGAUUUAAAAAAUCAUUAACUUUCACUUUUUGAAGUAGUUGAAAAAUAUUUGGACGGUUAACUGUACAAGAGAGAAAGUCCUAUAUAUGGUGAGCCGUAAAAUUGUAAUGAACCCCUGAAUUUGAUAUUUGGCCAUCCAAAGGUUUAUC